ACAAUAUGCUGUGGUUAAGAAGCACACCUCUAUGUCAACACAGAGUGCUUUAAAGACUCUCAAUAGAUCGUCAUCUAGCAGGGCAUUAAGAAUCUCUCGGGUGUUGGGGAUGAAAGACACAUUAUCAGAGCGAGAGAGUGUACUACAGCAACACAUCAUUCACACAGCUCAACAAGCAGCCCUCAACUAUGGUGCAUAUCGCAUUACAACUCCCAUUGUCGAGAAGACAGCCUUAUAUACCCGCACGCUGGGAGAACAGACGGAUGUGGUGCAGAAAGAAAUGUUCACGUGGAUGGAUGAAGGGCGGAAUGGCGAGAAACAGGCGUCGUUGUGUCUGCGCCCAGAAGGCACAGCGGGGACAGUGCGUGCGUUUAUCCAAGGCCACAAUCAUCUCCCACUGCCACUGAGGUACUUUUACGACGGCCCUAUGUUCAGGCGGGAGAAGCCUCAGAAGGGAAGGCAUAGACAGUUCACCCAAAUUGGCGUUGAGUUUCUGGGCGAAGACCAUGCGCUGGCCGAUGUCGAGGCCAUUGCGAUGGGGUGGGCGAUCAUUCAACAGCUGUCGCUGCAAGACAGUGUGACGCUGCAGGUACACACCAUGGGUACCGAACAGGCACGGCAGGCGUACAACGACGCACUCAGAGACUAUCUACAGCCACGUGCACACAACCUGUGCGAGGAGAGUCAGAAGAGGAUGGCUGCAGGGCAUUAUCUGCGCAUCCUUGACUCUAAGGAUAGAACUGACCAAUACCUGUUGGAUCAGGCACCCACACUGCUGUCCUGUGCCACAAAAAAGUAGCCAUGACCACUUCACACAGGUAUGUGCUGGGCUUGAUGCUUUGAAGAUCCCUUAUGCCGUGAAUACUAAGCUU